AUGUAUUUAAUCACUCAAAAAUUCUAUACCCCGAUUGAUAGAUUUAUAAAUAAGUUUAGGAGAAAGGGAUUUUUAUUAUACACUGGUAUUAUCCUUUUUUCAGUUGGUUAUAUAUUCUAUUCAAUUUCGAAUUUACCAUCCAUCCCACCAGAGAGGAAACGUAAAGAUAAGAUGCUCCCAAAGUCUACUAGAAAGGAAAUCGAAGAGGAAGAAGAGGUUGAUCUUGGACCAACCGAUGCGGCAAUCCCACUAGAACAGACGAACUCAAAUGACCAUGUAAUCAAUAAAUGGUCCAAGAGAAAGUUGUUUGAAUUUUUGUUUAAUGAGAAAAUCUACCCUGAUGUCGAUGAAGACUUGAACUUGGUUAAAAAACAAGUUAUAGAAAUUUUCGAAUUCAAGAAGGAAAACGGUACUUUAGAAGAGAAGUAUAUCAGUGAGUUAUAG